AUGUCACAAAAUUAUGAUGCGUUUAAAGAAGCCGCAGAGCAUUUCCAGCCCUACAUUAAGUUCUUUGCCACAUUUGAUAAAUCAGUGGCCAAAGAGCUGACUCUGAAACUGAAUGAGGUAGACUUCUACGAGCCCUUCAUGGAGGAGCCCGUCACCAUCCCAGGCAAGCCUCACUCUGAGGAGGAAAUGGUCGACUUCAUCAACAAGCACAGAAGACCAACCCUGCGAAAGCUGCGUGCAGAGGACAUGUUUGAGACAUGGGAGGAUGACAUAGAAGGAAUCCACAUUGUGGCUUUUGCAGAGGAAGAAGAUCCAGAUGGAUAUGAGUUUUUAGAGAUCCUGAAGGAGGUGGCCAGAGAAAACACUCACAUUCCUAACCUCAGCAUCAUCUGGAUCGAUCCUGACGACUUCCCUCUGCUGAUUCCUCACUGGGAGAAGACCUUCAAACUGGACCUGUUCAGACCACAGAUCGGAGUCAUCAAUGUGACAGAUGCGGACAGUGUAUGGAUGGAAAUGGAGGAUGAGGAGGACCUGCCCACACCUCAAGAGCUGGAAGACUGGAUUGAAGAUGUGCUUUCAGGCAAAGUCAACACUGAAGAUGAUGAUGAUGAAGAAGAAGAUGAUGAGGAUGACGAUGAAGAUGAUGAUGAAGAGGAUGAUGAAAAUGCAGAAGAUAAUAAUGACGAAGAGGAUGAUGAGGAGGAGGAAGAUGAUGACGACUAAUUAACUAUUUUCUAAUCUGUCAUUGUGAAUUGAAUGACUGUUUUUUGAUGUGUUCUUAUGGAUCAUUUUGAUUAAUCUGAAAUAUAUUAUUUAAAAUGUUCCUUUUUGACUGUAAAUAAUCUGGAACUGAUUUGGGGAUAAAAUAAAAAAAUGUGCUUUAUGUGGAACAAAAGUGACAAAUGACAAAAAAUAAAUAAUAAGUAAAUCAUAGAUUAUUGUUCAUGUUUUCUUGAAUAAUAAAAUAUUCGAACUUUGGAUUUGUGGAAAAAAUGUCAUAAAAUGACCAUCAUGGAUGGUCCUCGUGAUUCUUAAAGAGUUACAUGACAGAAAUAAGAAUCAGAGGAUCUGUUGUCAUGGUGACUUCCUUUAAUAAGCAACAAUCCCCUAAAGUUAAGAUGCUGCAUGAAGAAGUCCCUUCUAAUUUGAUUCAGCAAUGACAAGUUCAGGUUUUCUUCAAUAAACCUUGCAUGAAAAAGAUAGGAUUUAAAAGGGAUGUUAAAAAAAUAAAUAAUACCCGCAAAGAGUGGAAAGUAAUACCAGUAAAAAAAACUUUGAAGUCAUGCAAACUUAAAAAUGUGUGAGAAGAUAUGGUAUGAAGUCCAAAUCUAGCAUAAACAAACCCAAGUAAAAAAAGCAAAUUUGACUACAAUUACAUUUUUUUGACCAGUUUAUCAAUAAAUGGAAAUAUUUCUAAUUACUAAGAAAAUUGACAUAACAUAAACAAGCACCAACUAAUGACUUUAGGUAAAUGUGUCCCAACAGGUCAAAAACAUCAAAAAGCUGCUUUAACACUGCACACCACUUCUUCUCAAGUAGUUGGAUGAAAUACCUGGAUGCCCAUGUUCUUUUAUAUGUACUACAAUAAAAUGUAAUUGCAUAUCCACUACAGUAGAUGGCGGUGGCACUCUUAUUGACAGUGUGCGCUGUAUGGUGUACUAGGUUAUAGCUGCACCAAGAGAGCAUGCACACAGAUUGUGUGAUCCAAAUUAUAGAAACAGAAGUAAAAGAAAAAAAUAUGGAAAAUAUUUAACAAGAGUUUAAAAAAGAUGGACAGACGUAGAUAAUGAGAGAAACUUACUCAAGAAUACUUUCAGGCAUUCUACAUUUUGCUAAGGAUUUACCGUCAUACCAGAAGAUGAGGAGGAACUAGAGUACAGAACGCUUUAACACAGAACACUAUUAUAAACACAAAAAUAAAAUGUUUCUUUAAAAUUCUUAACAAAAAAAUGAUCAAAAAACAGCAUUUAACAACAACAGUAACAGAAGAUGAGGAAUUAGAGAACAGAACGCUUUAACACAGAACACUAUUAUAAACACAAAAAGCAAAUGUUUCUUUAAAAUUCUUAAAAACAACAACAACAAAA